UUGUCCCCGGGAUGGAGAAGAGGAUCCUGGAAGGCUUUGCGGCCGAGUUCUUUAUCAGAGUCCUGCUGCUGGGUAUAUUCCUGAUGACGGAGAUCAUGCAUCCCUUCCAGCGAGUCAUCCAGCCAGAGGAGAUGUGGCUCUAUAGAAACCCGUACGUGGUCUCCGAUCGGGUCCCCACCAACAGCAUGUUUCUCAUCUCUUUCUUGGCUCCCAUUUCGGUUGUGGUUUUGGCCCGGCUAUGUCGGCGAGCGGAUCGCGCGGACGCACGUGAAGCGAUACUCGCUGCCAGCCUUGCUUUAGCUCUUAAUGGCGUAUUCACAAAUACAGUGAAACUCAUAGUUGGAAGGCCACGUCCUGACUUCUUACAACGCUGUUUCCCGGAUGGGCGCGAGUUGCCAGGACUGGAAUGUACAGGGGACCCGGAAGUGGUGAUUGAAGGGCGAAAGAGCUUUCCCAGCGGCCACUCCUCAUUUGCAUUUGCCGGGCUGGGCUUCACAGCUCUAUAUAUUGCCGGGAAGCUGGGAAGUUUUUCCCCCCGCGGUCGUGGACAUUCCUGGAGACUGUGCACCUUCCUAUUCCCACUGCUGUGUGCGAUUGCUAUUGCACUAUCCCGCACCUGUGACUACAAGCACCACUGGCAGGAUGUUGUGGUUGGAGCUCUCAUUGGACUUCUCUUUGCCUACCUGUGCUACAGACAGUAUUACCCUCCUUUGACAGACAAGGAUAGUCAGCAGCCGUAUCGGACCAAGGGGCGAGUGUCCGGAGCUCAGGAGAGGAAGCUGAGCACAGCAGGGUACAGCCUUGAUGUAUAGCUGAGACAUUCCGUACAUAUGGACAACAUUCCCUGCCACAGUGCACAGCUCUGCUCUCCUAUGAUGAAGAGGUGACCAUCACUUUUCUCAGGAGCACAUGAUGUAUUU